AUGGCUCUCUCAUACAGAAUGUCAGAACAAAGCACAAUCCCUGAGCACGUUUUGCAGGGCACAUUUGAUCGCUUCCUCUCUCCUAACCAGUCUGGAUUACAGGCAUACUCAGAACCGGAGGAAAUGAAACAGGCCAUCGAGGGCCAGGGGAGCAAGCCGCACUGGGCGGCUCUGCUGAUUCUCCUGGUGAUCGUACCCACCGUCGGCGGCAACCUGCUCGUCAUUCUGGCCGUCUCGCUGGAGAAGAAGCUGCAGUACGCUACCAAUUACUUUCUCAUGUCUCUGGCAGUGGCCGACUUACUGGUUGGAUUGUUUGUGAUGCCGGUCGCCCUCCUGACAAUAAUGUUUGAGGCCACCUGGCCCCUCCCACUAGUCCUGUGUCCUGCCUGGCUAUUUCUUGAUGUUCUCUUUUCAACUGCAUCCAUCAUGCACCUGUGUGCCAUCUCAGUGGACCGUUACAUAGCCAUCAAAAAGCCCAUCCAGGCCAGUCAGUGUAACUCCCGAGCUACCGCAUUCAUCAAGAUAACAGUGGUGUGGUUGAUUUCCAUAGGCAUUGCCAUUACAGUCCCUAUUAAAGGGAUAGAGACCGACGCGGAGAGCCCCAGCAACAUGACCUGCGAGCUGACAAAGCAGCGUUUUGGUGACUUCAUGCUCUUCGGCUCACUGGCUGCCUUCUUUACGCCCCUGGGCAUCAUGAUUGUUACCUAUUUUCUCACCAUCCACGCGCUGCAGAAGAAAGCUUACUUGGUCAGAAACAAGCCACCUCAACGUCUGACGUGGCUGACUGUGUCCACAGUUUUCCAGAAGGAUGGGACACCUUGCUCAUCGCCGGAAAAGGUGGCGAUGCUGGAUGGAGCUCGCGGGCACAAAACUCCAUCCACCUUAGGUGAUGAGAUGCCCAUGCGCAGAAUGUCCACCAUGGGGAAGAAGUCCAUGCAGACCCUUUCCAACGAGCAGAGGGCCUCAAAGGUCCUAGGAAUUGUGUUUUUCCUCUUUUUGGUAAUGUGGUGCCCCUUUUUCAUUACAAAUGUGACUUUAGUCCUGUGUGACUCUUGCAACCAGACUACACUCAAAAGGCUCCUGCAGGCGUUCGUGUGGAUAGGCUACAUCUCCUCCGGGGUGAACCCUCUGGUCUACACCCUCUUCAACAAGACAUUUCGGGACGCGUUUGGCCGCUACAUCACCUGCAAUUACCAGGCCACAAAGUCAGGAAAAACACUGAGAAAAUGCUCUAGUAAGAUCCACUUCCAGAAUCCGAUGGUAGAGAAUUCUGGGCUUUUCAUCAAACAUGGAAUUAGAACUGGGAUUAAUCCUGCCAUGUACCAGAGCCCAAUGAAGCUCCGAGCUUCAAACAUUCAGUCUUCAUCAAUAAUUCUAUUAGACACACUCCUGCUCACGAAAAAUGAAGGGGGUAAAACUGAGCAAGUCAGUUACGUAUAGCAGGACUGGUGGUUUUCAUCUAGCAAAUAUAAUGAAGAGUAAUAUGCUGAUGAGACACAGGUGUGUCAAGAAUGAUAUAA